AUGGCUCGCAAGAAGAUUGCCCUCCAGUACAUCAAGAAUAAGUCGAGCCGGCGCCGUACCUUGGAUACGCGCAUGAAGAACCUGGCAAGUAAGGCACGCGAGGUUUCUAUUCUAUGCAACGCCAAGGCCUGCGUGUUGGUGUACGAUGAGGGAAAUGCGGCACCAAAGGUGUACCCAUCGCAUCCCGAGGCGGUGGAUAUCCUGAAUAGGUACAAAACCAUGGCAGAUGGGAGGUUUAAGAAGACGGUGAACCAGGAAGACUUCCUCAGCCAGCGCCUCAGCAAGCUCCAGGUCGAGGAAAACAAGGUACGAGACCCCGAGAUCAGGAUCCUGCUACACAAGGCCAUGCUCGGCAGUGACCUCCCCGAUCUCAAAGUCGAUGAGCUCACCAUCGUCAGUAGUAGGCUGGAGGAGAUCCUCAAGAGCGUGGGCCAAAGCAUCGCUAAAAUUAGCGGACAAACCCCUGUCUUGCAGCCCCAGGUACCAUACAUCCCCGACAACAUGGACAUGGGCGGGUCUUCGGCAAUGUAUCUGGCGUCCCAGCCAGCUCCAUACGUCACCAACAACAUGGACAUGGGGUCUUUCGCCAUGAAUCAGCAGCCGUCGCCCACUCCAUACGUCACCGACAACAUGCACGUGGGGUCUCCAACGAUGUAUCAGGUGCCGCCACAGCAUGAGGGUUGA